UCAGAACAGCUUUUAAACCUAGGCUAUCUAGGGCUGUUCUGCUCGACUUCAGUUGGCCUGGUGAACACCUUGUGUUGUCCAUCAUCUUCAGGCAAACUCCCGAUUUCGGGUUGCUGUAAUUUUCGAGGAGCUUUGCCCCGAGUCCAUCAUCUAAAAUGGCGUCCUACGACCCCAAAGACCCGGAUAUGUUGUAUCUUGCUGUCGACCGCAAGAAAAUGAUGAAGGAAAUGGUAACACCCUUUGACGGCAAGAAAGCUUGCUGGGUUCCUGAUGAAAAGGAAGGAUUCAGAGCUGCUGAAAUCCAGAGCACCAAGGGAGAAGAGAUCACCGUCAAGACAGACAAGCUGGAUGUCAAAACCUUCAAGAAGGAUGACAUCCAGUCAAUGAACCCUCCCAAGUUCGAGAAGAUCGAGGACAUGGCAAACUUGACAUAUCUAAAUGAGGCUAGCGUUCUCCACAAUUUGAGGGCCAGAUACGAAGCCGCUAUUAUCUAUACGUACUCCGGCCUCUUCUGUGUCGCCAUCAACCCUUACCGCCGUCUCCCCAUCUACACCCCGUCCGUCGUGGCCAAAUACAGAGGCAAGAGGAAGACCGAGAUGCCUCCUCACUUGUUCUCCAUCUCUGACAACGCCUACCAGUUCAUGGUGCAGGAUCGCGAGAACCAGUCUAUGUUGAUCACCGGCGAGUCUGGAGCCGGAAAGACUGAGAACACCAAGAAGGUCAUCGCCUACUUUGCCCACGUCGCCGCUGCCGGUGGCAAGUCCGACGAAGAUCAAAAGAAGGGUUCCCUCGAGGACCAGAUCGUGCAGUGUAACCCUGUGCUGGAGGCGUACGGUAACGCCAAGACAACUCGUAACAACAACUCCUCCCGAUUCGGAAAGUUCAUCCGUAUCCAUUUUGGUACCUCUGGAAAGAUCGCCGGAGCUGACAUUGAGACCUACUUGCUGGAGAAGUCUCGCGUGACGUUCCAACAGUCCGCCGAGAGAAACUACCACAUCUUCUACCAGAUGUGUUCCAACGCCAUCCCUUCAAUCCCCGAGAAGAUCCUGUGCACGCCUGACCCCGGUCUCUACUCCUUCAUCAACCAGGGCACCCUCACGGUCGACGGUAUCGAUGACGUCGAGGAAAUGAAAAUUACAGAUAGUUCCUACGAUGUUCUUGGAUUCACGGAGGUGGAAAAGAACAGCAUGUACAAGUGUACUGGCACCAUCCUCCAUCUUGGUGAGAUGAAGUUCAAGCAGAGAGGCGAACAGGCCGAGGCUGAUGGAAGUGGAGAGGCCGAAAAGGUAUCCUUCCUCUUAGGUGUGAACGCCGGUGAUCUUCUGAAGUCUUUGCUCAAGCCCAAAAUUAAGGUCGGCGCCGAUUACGUCACCCAGGGCCGUACCAAGGAGCAGGUGGUGAACUCGGUUAAUGCCCUGGCUAAGUCUCUGUACGAUCGUAUGUUCAAAUGGUUGGUCUUGCGAGUUAACAUCACUCUCGACACAAAGAAGCCAAGGCAGUUCUUCAUCGGCGUGCUGGAUAUCGCUGGGUUCGAGAUCUUUGAUUUCAACAGCUUCGAGCAGCUGUGCAUCAACUACACCAACGAGCGUCUGCAGCAGUUCUUCAACCACCACAUGUUUGUCCUGGAGCAGGAAGAAUACAAGAAGGAGGGCAUCCAAUGGGAAUUCAUUGACUUCGGCAUGGAUUUGCAGGCCUGUAUUGAGCUCAUUGAAAAGCCUAUGGGUCUAUUGUCCAUCCUGGAAGAAGAGUGCAUGUUCCCCAAGGCGUCUGACAAGACCUUCAAGGACAAGCUGUACACCAACCACAUGGGCAAGUCUCCCAACUUCCUCAAGCCGGAUAAGAAGCUCAAGGGAGGCGCCCACGGUGACUUCUGCCUGAAGCAUUAUGCUGGAACUGUGCCCUACAACAUAACUGGCUGGCUGGAGAAGAACAAGGAUCCCAUCAAUGAGACUGUAGUGGAACUGUUGUCUCACUCCAAGGAAUCCCUGGUUCAGACCCUCUUCCCAGCGGCGGCUCCUGCAGAGGGAGGCGGUGGCAAGAAGAAGAAGAGCUCAGCUUUCCAGACUAUUUCUGCAACCCACAGGGAGUCUCUGAACAAGCUGAUGAAGAACUUGUACAGCACUCACCCCCACUUCGUGCGUUGUAUCAUCCCCAAUGAACUUAAGCAGCCAGGACUGAUUGAUGCUGCUCUUGUGCUCCACCAGCUUCAGUGUAACGGUGUACUAGAAGGUAUCCGUAUCUGCAGAAAGGGAUUCCCCAGCAGAGUUAUAUACUCUGAGUUCAAACAGAGAUACUCCAUCCUGGCUCCUAACGCCAUCCCCCAGGGUUUCGUCGAGGGCAAGGUCGUAUCUGAGAAGAUUCUGCUGGCCCUUCAGAUGGACACAGCCGAGUACCGUCUUGGCAAUACCAAAGUCUUCUUCAAGGCUGGAGUCCUUGGUUACCUUGAGGAUCUCCGUGACGAGCGUCUGUCCGCCAUCAUCUCUAUGCUGCAGGCCCACAUCAGGGGUUACCUGAUGCGUAAAUCGUACAAGAGGCUCCAAGACAAGAGAACUGCCUUGUCUGUGAUUCAAAAGAACAUCCGUAAGUGGCUGGCCAUGAGGAACUGGCUCUGGUGGAGAUUCUACACCAAGGUCAAGCCCCUCCUGAACAUUGCACGUGCCGAGGACGAGAUGAAACUGAAGGAAGAAGAACUUGCCAAAUGCAAGGACGAACUGUCCAAGGUCACUCAGAGAGGAAAGGAACUCGAGGAACAGAACGUUGACCUUCUCCGGCACAAGAAUGACCUGUUCCUUCAAGUGCAGUCUCAGGGUGACACUCUUUCCGACCAGGAAGAGCGGAUUGAACAACUUGUCACGCAAAAGGCUGACUUUGAACAGCAGCUGAAGGAUUUGGAGGAACGUCUUUUGGAUGAGGAGGAUGCAAACGCAGAUGCGUCAGAGCAAAGGAAGAAGUUUUUAGACCAAAUUGAAGGUUACAAGAAAGAUAUAACAGACCUUGAGGGUAGCCUUGCAAAGGCUGAACAAGAAAAACAGACCAAAGACAACCAGAUAAAGACACUCCAGGAUGAGAUGGCAGCUCAGGACGAACAAAUCGCCAAGAUGUCCAAGGGCAGAAAGGAUCUCGAGGACACGCACAAGAGGACCCUGGACGAUCUUCAGAAGGAGGAAGACAAGGUCAAUCACCUCAACAAACUAAAGCAGAAACUUGAGGGGACACUUGAUGAGUUGGAGGAUAAUCUGGAGCGCGAGAAAAAGGUGAGAGGUGAUGUUGAGAAAGCCAAGAGGAAGGUGGAGCAGGACCUAAAGGCAUCGAAUGAGACUGUAGAAGAACUUGACCGGGCAAAGAGGGAACUUGAAGAGGCAGGCAGAAAGAAGGACCAGCAGAUCAACAGCCUCAACUCCAGAUUGGAAGAAGAACAAUCCUUAGUUGCUCAACUCCAGAGGAAGAUCAAAGAGCUUCAGGCCCGUAUCGAGGAGCUUGAGGAGGAAUUGGAGGCUGAGCGAUCUUCCAGAGCAAAGUCUGAGAAACAGAGAAAUGAUUUGUCUCGAGAACUCGAGGAGAUUGGAGAACGUUUGGACGAAGCUGGUGGAGCCACUUCCGCUCAGGUUGAACUAAACAAGAAGCGUGAACAGGAGCUCCUGAAGCUCCGUCGUGACCUUGAGGAGUCCACCAUGCAACACGAGGCUCAGGUAUCUACACUCCGCAAGAAGCAAACUGACGCUACCAACGAGCUCAGUGAGCAGGUCGAUCAACUGCAGAAGGUCAAGAGCCGUCUGGAGAAGGAGAAAAACCAGAUGAAGGGAGAGAUCGACGACUUACAAAAUCAGGUCGAAUAUGUCAAGAAAAACACUGGCAUGUCCACCAAGCUUUCGAAACAGAUGGAUAACCAGCUGUCAGAACUAAACUCCAAGAUCGAGGAUGGUCAACGACAGAUCAGUGACCUCCAAAGCCAGAAGAACCGACUCCAGAACGAGGCUGUUGAGACAACUCGUCAGCUGGAGGAGGCGGAACACAAAGUCGGCCAACUCACCAAGGACAAGAAUGGACUGCAGAAUGCACUCGAUGAUACCAAGAGAAGCCUGGAGGAUGAGACUAGAGCUCGCCAGAAGCUC